AUGACUUAUGAAUCAAAUGGAACUCUAAUUAUCGACGAAAUCGAUCGUCUAUUUAUUGUAUGUGAUAAAGCUAAAGAAUAUUUGAGUAAAAUAUCAUCCGGUAUCGAUCAACAAAUUGAAUUAUGGCAAUAUCGUCGACAAAUCAUUCUUGAUCAAGUAAAUUCAGUGUCAUCAUUUGAUUUUCUUCUACCAAAAACUCAACGUGUUAAUGAAUUAAGUAUUGAAGCAGUUCAAGCUUUAUGUCGAGUUGAUUUAUUAAUCGAACAAAUUCUUCGUAUUGAACCAAAAACGUUAGUACAAUCACGUUCUGUUCCAAUGUCAACAUCAUUUUCAGCACGUUCAAUAGAUGCCAAUUCUACAUAUGCAACAGCAAAUACAUCUUUAUCUCGUAUUCGUCAUCCAAUACCUUCACCACCAUCAUCAAAUUCAAUUAAACAACAAGCUUAUGUUGAACCUAUGAUAAAUGGAAAAACCAUGGGACAACCAACAUUUCCUGCACCUGUACUUCGUACAUCACAGCAAUCAUCAGGCAAUCGUUUAUCGUUAGCAGCUACACAAGAAAAAGCUGGUUUUAAACCUAUUGAACAACAACAAUCAUCAAUUAUGACAAACAGUGCAUCAAGACCAACACCUAUUCAUCCACAAAAUACUCAUCAUAUCGCUAGUGAAGAAAUUAAUUCUCAUCGUUCGAUGGCACCAUCAUAUGAUCCACGAACACCACUAUCAGAUCAUAAUACAUCUCCAAUGGCACCACCUCCAACUAGUCAAAUGAUAGCUAGUUAUCCACAAAUGUCUCGUGGUAAAGUGAAAGUAAAAUUACAGCGUAUUGCACCUGGUACAAAAUGGAAACAAGCUAAAAUUGAUGUUAUCGAUUCACUUUCUGCAUUUUAUGUUGAAAAUCUUGAUGAUAAAGUACAUGGAAGAUUUCAUUGUAUGGUAGAAAAUCUUCAUGAUUAUUACAGUAGUUUAGAAAAAUCAAAUAAUUUAAUACCAUUACAAAAUAUUUCAAUUGGUGAUUUUGGUGUAGCAAAAUAUAGUGAAGAUAAUCGUUGGUAUCGAGCACGUUUAUUAAUGUGUGAAGAGCAUGAUCAAAUUCGUAUUGUUUUUAUUGAUUUUGGCAAUAUUGAAACAAAAUAUCUCAAUCAAUUUUAUCCACUUGAUAAAUUAUAUACAGAUUUACCAGCACAAGCUAUCGCGUGUAGUUUGUCUGAAGCAUUUCCUCGUUCACCGAAUGAUAGUGAGGUAUUAUGGCCACAAGAUACAAUUCAAAUUUUUCGACAAGAAGUAACAGAAAAAGUUAUUGAAAUAUGUUUUGCCAGUUUGGAAGAAGGAACAGAACAAUGGCCUUUACAUUUUGUAAGAAUUAAUGUUGGUAAUCAAUCUGUUACAAAUUUAUUAAAUUUAAAACAACGUAUUGAACCAAGACCUAAUCGUUUCAUUGCUGAACAAUUAGCAACUUCUCUUACACAUCAAGAAUAUAUACUCUUCAAUGUACCUAUUAGUGAAGAUGAAUUUGAACAAUAG